AUGGUUGUAGCUUUGUUGGGAGUUCUUGCUGCGGGUGCAGCCUAUUUGCCCCUGGAGCCCACGCAUCCUGGAGCCCGAUUGCGGUUCUUGCUGGAUGAUUCCAUGGCUCGCUACCUUGUGACCUGCUGGUGUGCUCGGCGGCGUGGCCUGCUUCCAGAGGACCGGCUUGUCAGGGUCACUGCCAUGGACGGUCAACUGCUGAAUGCAACGCCUCCCGACGGCCAAGACAUGGUGGGAGAUGUCAGUGGCGACUUAGAGCGUCCAGCCUACUUAAUGCCACUCAGUACACUUCGGGCAGCACUGGAACGCCAAAGGGUGUCUUGGUGCGACGUCGAAGCGUUUUGCUCGUUUCUUACCAAUGAUUCAAUGCUUCUGUUCUAUGACAGGGCAUUCCCUCCGAGCCUGGUGAAGCCAUUGAACCAGGCGGCAAAAGCCGGCCUUUGGAACGCCUACGGCCCGACGGAGGCCACGAUCUGGACCACCACACAUCUGGUAGGUCCUAGUCGAGCGGUCUCAUCUGUCCCCAUCGGCCUGCCGCUUGCCAACGUCGUGUUGCAGAUCUUGGAAGAUCAGGCCGCAGAGCACAAUUUCACCAAUGCUGCCGGCGAAUUGCUGGUGGGAGGAACGGGCGUUGCAGUUGGCUAUCAUCGCAGACCCGAGCUAACAGCUGCGAGUUUCGUGCCAGACAGCACUGGCACGGUCUAUCGAACUGGUGACCUUGUUCGAGUCUUGGACCAAGGGGCUGGCCUAGAAUUCCUGGGCCGCCUGGACCAGCAGGUGAAGUUCCGAGGCUUCAGGAUCGAACUGGGGGAGAUCGAGGCUGCAAGAUGCUGA